GGGGGGAAAAGUGAAAAUGUUUGUCCAUCCACAACAGUGGGACGGACUGAAUGGAGGCAGCGUUGUCAGCGAAUGGAAAUGAGAUCCGUUUACCCGAGAAGGCACAGCAAUACACCGAUAAAGGAGAAAUAGCGGCUUGUUGAGUUCUCCGUAAACGUCCAGCCCUCAGCCUCCCCAUGCCUCCAUCUCCUCUCGACGACAGAAUUGUGGUGGCGCUGCCAAGGCCGAUCCGACCUCAGGAACUCCGACUGCGCCUGGACACCAGCUACCUUGACUCCAUCACCAGCAGUGGCAGCAGCGGCAGCAGCGGCAGCAGCGGCAAGACUGUCAUCAGCACCACCGUGGUGAAGAUCCGGACGACGACCAAUCUCGUGACGUAUAUGCCCUCAUCCAACGGCUCCACGCGCUCGUUGUCGUGUGGAUGCAGCAGUGCUAGCUGCUGCUCUGUGAGCACCUAUGAGAAAGACGCCCAGAACCGCAGCCACAGCCAGGUGAGCGCUAGCAGCCCCAACCUCAGCUAUGCCGGGCCCUCCACUCCUAUGGUCAGCAACCACGAGGCGUUAAACGCCGCCGCUCUCACCUCCACCCUGCCCAGGGCCCUGUCCACCGUGCGGGUCAUCCACCCCAAUGAGCUGGCCAAGCGGAUGACCUGCUGCCCCAUGGGCCACCCCAUGGGGCCCCUGCCAGUCAUCAUCGACUGCCGGCCCUUCAUGGAGUACAACAAGAGCCACAUCCGGAGUGCCGUGCACAUCAACUGUUCAGACAAGAUCAGCCGGCGGCGGCUGCAGCAGGGCAAGAUCACCGUGCUCGACCUGAUCUCCUCUCGCCAGGGCAAGGACUCCUUUAAGGGCAUCUUCUCCAAAGAGAUUGUGGUUUAUGAUGAGAACACGGCGGACCCCUCCAGGGUGACACCCUCUCAGCCACUGCAUGUGGUCCUGGAGUCACUGAGGAGGGAGGGCAAGGACCCCAUCAUCCUCAAAGGAGGCCUUAGUAGCUUCAGGCAGAGCCACGAAAACCUGUGCGAGCACUCCCUACACCUCCACGAGGGCCUGGACACCGGCGGAGCCGCCGGUCUGACGGGGGCGUUACCUCACUCCCUGCCCUCCACACCGGACAUAGAGAACGCCGAGCUGACGCCCAUCUUGCCCUUCCUCUACCUGGGGAACGAGCGCGACGCUCAGGACGCCAGCCUGCUGCAGCGCCUGAACAUCGGCUACAUCCUCAACGUCACCACCCACCUGCCGCUCUACCACUACGACACGGCUCUCUUCAGCUACAAGCGCCUGCCCGCCACCGACAGCAACAAGCAGAACCUGCGCCAGUACUUCGAAGAGGCGUUUGAAUUCAUCGAGGAAGCACACCAAGCAGGUAUGGGCCUUCUGAUCCACUGCCAGGCAGGUGUGUCACGCUCUGCCACCAUUGUCAUCGCCUACCUGAUGAAGCACACCUGGAUGACCAUGACGGAUGCCUACAAGUUUGUCAAAACCAGAAGGCCCAUCAUCUCCCCGAACCUCAACUUCAUGGGUCAGCUUUUGGAGUUUGAGGAGGACCUCAACAAUGGCAUCACGCCGCGCAUCCUCACGCCAAAGCUCAUCGGUGUGGAGACCGUUGUCUGAUCCAAACCCCCUCUUAAACUUACUCACACUGUUUUUUUU